AUGAGACUUCUUGCGCAUGGCACUGAUAUUACCAUAGAUGAAAUCGGAGAACUUGAGCGUCGCCUUCCCUAUCUCCGCACCGACGAGAUCGCAGCGGCCGCCCUGGCCGACGAUCUUCGGAGGCGUAUUCUUGGCGGUUCUGUCGGCAGCGCCACUGCAGCGACAGAAAACAGUGUCAUUUCCGACUCUCUUGUCCUCAAAGCUGGCACCAAGCUCUGGAAUUUGGUCCUGAGCCUUGGAAGAUAUGUUGCCGGGAACGCGUCACCGGCCUACAAGCGGCUGCUUCUGCAUGGCCGUGCAUUUGCUUUCCUGGCCGUGCAUUCGGCCGGGUGGAAAAUCCACACAAAGCCAAACGCAGGCCCGCCAUUGAAACGAGUGCUGUGGCUUCUGGAAAUGUGUUCCCACGCGGCUAGUGGAUCCAUCCUGGCCUCAAUCGGAUUGUGUACACCCCACGGACGCAAGAGGGCACAGGAGCUUGUUGAGGAUAUAGAGGCACAGCUUGGCCCAAACUGUCUGUGCGUGAACAUUGUCAGCCUGGAGCUUAUUGCUGCAUCAACAUCAGAAGACUUCGAUGCGCCUCGAUAUUCAAAGGUGCUGUUAAAUAUGAUUGAAAAUUUCGAUGGGUCGAGCAAAGAGUUCCGGCACCUUCGCCAUUACAUCCAACAACUGCACAACAAGAGCCCAGGCCUUGGCUGCGAAGAUCAAAGCUGGCCAGAAGACGAUAUACAGUACUUGGCCAUCAAGGCAUUCAACGAGGGUAUAAGCUGGUUCGCUCAGAGACAAGAAGGCCGCGUAAGGCAGUGGACUCUCUUGGCGGACAGGCUGAGCGAUCGAUGUCGCGACGGAGGCAGACUCAAAGAAACGAUUAGACGCAACUUCUCACUUCUAAAUAUCGGUGACCUAGAGCUAAGACCCUCCAUCGAGGAGGAUGAGGAUGCAACGAAAGAGACGUAA